CGUUUGUGUUAAUACUGUGAACAUUUCGUGCUCUAGGGCGCAUCAUCAUGAAGUGCUCAGUAAUUUUCAUCCUGCUUGGGUUAUUGGCCCUAACUCAAGCCGAAGACGACGAAACGAUGGCGUUGGUAAGGUCAUGUAAGACUAUACAAGAUUGUCAUUUGAACGAAUUUGCUGACCAAAUGACCAAUGAUCGAAGGCUUAAAUUGUGAUAUCCCUUAAGUAAUAUAAAUUGUCUUAAGGAAGCUAUUUCAGCACAUUGAUCAGCCACAAAAAUUAUGGUCAGUUCUUGUUGUUAGUUCUCUUCUUCUUUUAUUUUGAUAAGUGACAUCACUACACAGUCUACCUGUACUUUAAGUUAAUAAAUUAACAUAAUCAGCGGUAAAUAUGUCAACCAAGUUGACCAUUUCUUUUGACCAAUUUAUUCAUUUUGCCCUUUUCGCCUACUCAAUUUACUCCAACUCUAUAUCUUUUCAUUAUGCAGAAAUUUCUCAACCAAUACCACUACAUCUCGACAUCGAGGUCUGGCAAUCACAAUGUUGAGAUAGCAAUCAGACGUUUUCAGCGAUUCGCUGGUCUCAAAGUAACUGGAAAACUUGAUCGUGCCACCAUCAUGCAGAUGAAAAAACCGCGAUGUGGAUUGCCAGAUGACGAAGAAGAGGGUGGUCGCGUGCGACGAUACACAACUGGUGAUAGUUUUUGGUUAAUUAUUGCAAUUGACGUUAUGUGUUUGCAUAUUGCAACUCGUCUUACCUUAACCAAUACUCUAUUCUUUAAAGGAAAAGAUGAGUGUAAGACAAGGAAAGAACCUAAAUACGUAUGAGAAACACAUGAAUUGUCAAGUAUUUACCCCUUUUAAUUCCAAAAAACGAUAUCAAAAUAAAAGAAAGAAAAUUAAAAAGAAUAAAUGAAUAGAAAUAAUCAUCUAACAACAGAGAAAUGUACGUCUCUAGUGAAUUUUUGCUUUUUACGACAAUAUACACUUUUUAAAAUAACGGACAGCCAAAUUUUAUUAAAUACUAAAUACAUUUUUUUUUGUUUUCGUCCCUAUCAUGCAGGCCCCAAGUGGAGCAAAAAAAGCUUGACUUAUUUUGUCGAGUAUGGUGAAGACCUGAGUCAUGACCAACAGGACAGUAUUUUUCAAAAGGCUUUGCAGUUUUGGUCUGAUGUGUCUGCCUUGUCAUUUAGCACGGCUAGCAGUUCCUCUGCUGCCGACAUCAAAAUAAGGUAGCAAUUGCGUUUACAAAACACAUUUUUUGGGGGGAUGAUGGCGUUUCUAUGUCUUAAGACCUAUAAAGACAACAAAUGUAGUCAGUUGUGAUGUAGUUCGUUAUCGACGGUCCGUUUCAUAUUGCUAGCUUCAUCGGGCGAUGAGGUCGACUUUCGGUUAUUAUUAUUAUUAUUAUUAUUAUUAUUAUUAUUAUUAUUAUUACAAGUGAUGCCGGUAAAAGUAAAUUAUAAUUUGUUAUGAGAACAAAAAAAUAUAUAUACAUGUAAAUAUAUAUAAAAUAAACUUAAAGAAUAAUAUCAGGACGAGAGAGUUAAGCCAGCAUGUUUCAGCUGCUUAUUUAAAGUGGGAUUCUAAUUCUUUUACACUAUAUAAAGCUUCGAGUUUAAACCUUAAAAUAAUUUGAUCAAAGAGGAUUACCUUUUUCGUCUUUUUCAUUCAAACGCUUUGUCACGUGACUGAUGACGUCAUGUGGCUCUUUUGGUCAUGAAAAAAAUUAUCAGGUAGAACAUUACUUUCCUGCAAAUUUUCUCUGCCGUGUGAUAAAAGGUUGACUCUCUACAGCCCCUGGCCUAGUCUCCCGACUUUUUCGCUCAUGUUCAUUACCCCCCUUAAAUUUUAAAUACCGGACUUCAACUGAUUAUUUUUCAUUUUACUCGUUAAUGGAAUCUUGUCACAGCAACAACAACAACAACAAAAAAACAGUUUGGAAAUAGUUACGUGACUGAUGACGUCAUUACCUUAGAUGCGACAUGGGAGGAUAUUUUAUGGCAAAAAAUUGUCAAAGUUAUAAAGCUUUUUAAAACAAAUGCCUCAAAAGAUUCCGGGAGAUUUUUUUUUUAUGAUUAUUAUGAUUUAGUUUUAUAAUAAUUAAUACUAAUACUCAAAUAUACAUUGCGCCCCAAUCUUCAAAAACUGAACACUUAUCGCUCUUUAUAAUGAUGUUCGAAAUAUCGAAACGUCAAGUGACGCUCUUAAGUUUAAUUUUUCUUGUUAAAUGCUUCAAAAAAGCAACUGACUAUUGGAUCUCGCACUGCUUAUUAUUGUGAUUUACUUAUAAUACAGUUUUGGUGCUGCCACUCAUGGCGGUUCAAGUGAAAGCACCUGCCCAUACCCUUUCGAUGGUGAACGAGGAGUUCUGGCGCAUGCGUACUAUCCAUCGGAUGGUCGCGCUCACUUUGACGAAGACGAAGAGUUUACUGACAACACCCCACUAGGAAUUAACUUACUUUGGGUCGCUACUCACGAAUUUGGUCACUCACUCGGUAUCGGUCAUUCUGACGUUAAAGGUGCUAUCAUGUACCCUUACUACACAGGGUACGUGGAAGGCAUGGAGCUUCACUCUGAUGACAUUGCUGCAAUCCAGUAUCUUUAUGGUAACGUACUGGAAUUUGUUUGUUUGUUUUUGUGUUUUUCCCCCCUUGUUCAUGUUCAUAUUUUUUACCACUACCUUCAUGCCUUGCGACAGUUGUUCUAUUACUAGACCAUACAUGGUAUCCACAGGGUAAAGAUGUACCCAACAAUGAAUCCCUCGAUAUAACAAACAGUUUUCUUUAUCCCAGUGUUAGUAUUAAGGAAAAGAAUCUCGAUAUAACAAAACAUGGUUAUAUAGCAAAAACAUUUGCCAGUCUCUUGGGCAUUCGUUUAGAUUAAGAGUAGUCCCCAUUUUUUUCAGGGAUAUAGUAGAGCGAGCGAAACGCAAACGCGCGUUAAGAUUACCUUACGCGAGAAAGGCGAGACGCGGCGGGGAGACAGAGAAAUGAGGGACUACAGACAAAGUCCAAGCUUUUGACCCUUCACGGCUGACUGAUUUUGAAGUGUGAAGUUGGUAUCCCCUUCCAAAUCAAUUAAGCGCAUCCAAUGGCAUUCCUUCUCUCAUUGAGCUGUCAUUGCACUUGUCAUCGGUAAACUGCUGGGGAUAUUUAUUUCAAGUAAAAGAAAACCCAGAUACUAAGUUUCUUCGCGGCUGUUUCGCGUGAAGAACUUGAUAGUGAAAAAAAGGGGGGUCGGUAGUUAACACACGACUUUUACCUCAUGCCAAAAUGCUGCUCGUUCCAAUGAAUUUUUUUUUCUCGGACGGGUAGAUUAUGCUCUGGAGGAAAACGUUUUGAUUGAGAAAGUGUGAUUUUUGCCGCUUAUUUCAUUCUGUGAGGUCGUGACACGCAUACUAAUUUUCUGCGGUUAUAAUUAACUCUCUAAUGCAAGAGCAUUUUCUUUGACCUCUUUUGAAAAGUAAAGCUCUUCAGUGUAGCUAAAUGUGUGUUUUAGGUUGUUUAAUUUCUCCAAAGUUCCUUCUGGAUCUGAAUAGUUAUAAGUGAUUUUCGAUUUGUCUGUGAAUGUGACGGUUUCCUGCAAUGUUUCGUCACGCUGAACCCAGCUCGUUAGCGUUUUUAGGAGGAUGUUAAAUUCUCACGUAAAUUGUGAUUAUGUCGAGUGUUGAUAGCGGCUGGUGUGUUUUUGACAGAUGUUGACAGAUAGCCAUGGAAGAGCCACCAGAGUUUUGCGUUGUGAGAGCAACGUAUAUUAAAGUUCAAAAGCUUGGGCUUUGUCUGCAGUCCCUUAUUUUUCUCACUCCCCGCCGCGUCUCGCCUUUCUCGCGUGGGGUAGUUUUCACUCGCGCUCGCGUCGUCUCGCUCAUCUAUCCCUGAGGAAAAAUGGGACUACUUGUAGUCUAACAUUCGUUAUAUCUAGGUUCCACUUCUGCACGACGGUCAUUCGUGUGCUUGUAGAGAACAUGUACAAUUAUAUAAUGUAUAUACAUCCCUGUUCGUGACCUGUUUUAACAAGAGAAUCGUCGGAUACAUCGUUCGUCUUCCUGUAAAUGGGUAAAUUGAUUUGAAAUGACAGUGGGCUUUAAAGGGCACAAGCUUUUAAGUUUCCAACAAUCCAACAAUUUUUUGGCAAAAACUGCACAUUUAAUAAAUCGACAUCAAUAUUAAGUGUCUCUCCUGGAAAAAAAAAUAAAAAAUAAUCUCCAACAAUUGUAUUAAAUAAUCCCUAAGUACCUACACGAGGUAUUAAGAAUUUUUAUUGUAUUUAAAUGAAAAAAAAGGUCAUUUCUUCCAAUAAUGUUAUGAAACAAUACGUUUCUACUCACACAACAGAAUGAUUCUCGAAUUAUCGGGACACAUGUCAACCUUAAGUUAAGCGUCCUAUAAAAAGUAACUUCUCUCCAUACGCGGUUCUGUAACACCAAGUUAACAUCUGCAUUUAGUAUAGCUUUUAAUAAACGACUUUUUUUUCAAGGUGCAAGCUAAGCAGUCGUGGCGGUGGAGGAGGUGA